UGUUAUUGUUCUUCAUCUCUACUAUGAUUUAUGCCCUAGUCUAGUUAUAGUUAUAAAAUAUAAAUACAUUAACACAUUCAAUCCUUUUUUUUGCUUUUUGGGUUGUUUUCGUUUUGCUUCGUUCUUCCCUUUUUUGUCCUCCUUUCUUCUCUUUAUUUUUUAUUUUUUGUUUUUCUUUGCUACCAUGAGCAGCCAAGGUGGCCUCGGCGGCGGCGGUGGUGGUGGGUCCAGAGCUUCGAUCCCAGAAAAUGCAAAGAGAAUGAUCCAAAGCAUAAGGGAGAUCACAGGGAAGCAACACAGCGAUGAAGAAAUCUUUGCAGUCCUCCAGGAGUGCUUUAUGGAUCCUAAUGAAACUGCCCAAAAGCUUCUUUAUCUGGAUACAUUUCAUGAGGUGAAACGAAAACGCGACAAGAAAAAGGAGACAGCUGGUGUACAAGGACGAGGAGGUCGGGGCAGUCGAGCGAACUAUUUCACAUCAUCUAGUAAAGAUGCUGGAGUUGCAAGGAAUUCAUCUGCUCGAAGGGAUAAUUGGGUUAAUCAUACCUCAGAUAGAGGUUCUGCGCCUUUGCCAGUAUAUCAGAAAGUGGAAAAUAAUGCAGCUUCUCGCACAAAAAAAACAACCACCUCUAUACCAAAUGGCACUACAACUUUACCAAAUGGGAGCUCCAGUUAUGGAUCCCAAUUGUCUGUCAAUGACGUUAAUGGUGAAGCUAAAGAUGGCUUACCUGCAAACAAGCCAGCAACUAUUUCAGUGCAACCAGAUGUUGCUGAACCUCCUGCCUGCAUUCCUGCUCCAUUAUUUGUCUCUUUGAUCCAAGGUCAAGAGAAGUCUGUGUCAAAUUCUAAUGGCUCAUCAUCUUCUUCCAGUUCUGCAACCGUCUCUGGUGUCUAUCCAUCUGCUUCUGAUCCUGUGUUUGUGCCAACCGUGUCGCAGCAUGCUGGUGCGGCGGGUACAAUAAAAUGUGAAAUUGGACGCCAACAUGAAGCUACUGAAAUAAACAAUAUUCAAGGAAACAAACAUGUUCCUGAUGAUAUUGAUGUAUCUAAGACCGAGAAAACAGCAUUUGAAGUUCCAGUUUCAAUGCAUGGAAAUAAGUCCCCCAGUAAAUCGGAAGCUGCUGAACAGGUUAAGGAAUCCAAUCUUAUGGAGUCCACCUCACUCCAAGUGGUCACAUCUGAGGUUGCAUCUCUCACUGUUAAAGACAUUUCUCAAUAUAUUGCCGAUUCAAAGGUUCCAAAUGGUCAACAUGUUACUUUUCCCACCCACUUCCAAGUCUCUGAAAAUGGCUUAACUUUUGGAAGCUUUGAUACUAGUUUUGGACUGGGAACAGAAAAUAAUAUCAGUAGAGCGGAGAUUAGCUCUGCAUGCCCUGUUGAAACUUCUCUGAGUAGUGAUGAACUUGCUGGAGAGCCAUCUUCUAGAAGCCAAGGUAUAUUAUCAGCUGCAGAAGGGGACAAUGCUGAUCAACCGCGAUCUCCUCCUGAGUUAGAGGAAGUGCCCAAACCAGAAGGCAAUGUUCCCUCUGUUGCUGAGUUGAAUGAUCAGUCAACUCAAGAAGUGCAUUUGCACCCUGAAGGUAAUCCGCCUAUCAUUCCAAAUGCCCCCAGCUAUGGGUUCGGCUUAACGCCAGCAUCUGCAGGCCACCUAUCACAGUUUGAUGGACCUGAGGCUUGGGUGCAUGAUGUUUCUCGCCUUGCAAACUUUGCUGGUGGGAAUACUCCAGUUCCAUCUGGUACUUCAACACCACCUCUUCAGAGCUCCGUUGGUGCAGCCCCACAAGCAGUUCACCUCUUCAGGCAGCCAUUUCCGCCUAAUUACUUCCCUUAUCCCCACUAUCUUCCCCCUUUUUAUAUGCAUGCAAUGCAUCAAUAUUUAACCCUUGCCGGUCUCCCCCAGCAACCAUCAACUGGCAAUGUGUACGUGCCUCCUGGAGCAGCUGCACCUGGGGUCAAGUUCCCUCUUUCACAGUUCAAGCCUGGAACUAAUGCUGGAAACCCAGCUCACUUUGCAAAUCCUUCUGGUUAUGGUCCAUUGACCCCUCCACCUGUUGGUUUCAAUUUGUCUGUUCCAUCAGUGACCUCUGGAAGUUCUAGCAGCAAGGAGGAUCUUGCAGCUUCGCAAUUGAAGGAAAACCAUAUAUACACAACUGGACCAUUGAAUGAAGGUUCGGCUAUCUGGAUGACUGCUUCACCUGCGCAAGAUUUAUCCAGCUUGCUGUAUAAUCCAUUGUACCCCCUUCACGGCCCCCAGCUUCCUUUCUCUCCUGCACAGGCCAGUCACGGUGCCAUUGCUGGACUCUAUCAGCCGUCACAAACAAUAGCUCCUCCUUCCAACACCAAUAACCUCCUUCAACAGUCUCAAGCCACGGAAACCGCGAUUCCUGCAUCCGGUGCUUAUCAGCAGUCUCAACUUGCACAAUUAAACUGGAACACUAAUUACUGAACCGUUAAAAUCUUACAACAACAACGACCCAACGUAGAAACACAUGGAGGAACUCUCAGUAAUGGGUGAAACUCUGAACUGUUCUUUCUUUUCUGGGGGUGUAAAUAUAUUAGGGUUUAUGUAUGGUGGGGAAAUAUCCCUUUGCCAUAUUAUUUCCCACCAUUUCUCUUAAUGUUGUUUCUUUUGGAACUUAUUAUUCACAUAAGAUGCUGAAUAGGAGGAAUUUGAAGAGAUGGAUAGAGAUAUUUAGAUUAGGUGAGAUUUCACCAAUUUUUCCUUUUAUUUUUCCAUUAUCUCACCUGUAUAUUAAAUUUUGAAUAGGGAGGAAAGAAUGAUACAAGCUGUGAUUGGUAUAUGGCAAGUUUCUUCUAGUUUCUUUUAA